AACACUCAUCCUAAUAAAAUUACUAACCUAUCACCUGCAAUCGUUGAAAAGCACCAAAGCAACUUUAUUACUUUACUCUAGAGCCUUCAAAUUUCAAUAGCAACUUGCAAUUGCCUAUAGCAAAAUGAAGCAUGUUCUGUUCUCCCUCUUACUUAUCAUGCCUUUUUCAACCUUAUAUUCAACCACAACAUUAGCCCAAGCACCUGAUGCAGCCCCAUCAAAACCAAUUGUGCCAACACUACCCCACUCACCCUCUGAAGACAACUCUGAUUCUUCCACUGAUGACAUCAUCAAAAUACUAAGGAAGGCCAAAUCAUUCAACGUCCUAAUUCGCCUACUGAAAACCACCCAAUUGAUCAACCAAAUCAGUUCUCAGCUCAUAACUAUAAAAUCAGGUGGCUUAACCAUCUUUGCACCAGAUGAUGGUAGCUUUUCACAACUCAAAGUUGGGUUCCUCAACUCACUGGCUGACAAUCAAAAGAUUGAACUUCUGCAGUUCCAUAUCCUUCCCACUUAUGUUUCAAGCUCAAACUUUGAUUCUCUAAGCAACCCUGUGAGAACACUAGCCGGGGAUAACCCCACCAGGUUGCAACUAAAUGUGACAGCAUAUGGCAACAAUGUGAAUAUCUCAACAGGAGUGGUUAAUGCCACGGUCACAGGAAUUGUGUACUCAGAUAAGGUGCUAGCAAUAUAUCAUGUGGACAAGGUGCUUCUUCCUUUGGACUUCUUCAAGCCUAAGCCACCAGCUCCUGCACCCUCUCCUGCAAUAGAGCCAAAAGCUGAUAAUGAUAACUCAUCUACCGAUGGUCUUGGAACAUCCAAGGACAGCGCUGGUGCAUGCAGUUUGACGAGUACACAAGGAACAACAUUGGUGUCCCUUGGAGUUGCCUUAGUUGCAAUGGUGAUUAUAUCAAGUUGAAGACUGGCUAGACCAGACCAGCCAAUCUAUUUGAUGAUUUUGACUUUAUAUUCUUAUUCUGAUCAGCAUAUGAAGAUUGAUGUUUGAGGGACAUGUGAAGUGUUGAGUUGUUCACAUGUUUUUCUUUUGAAACAAUUAAGAUUCUUUUUGUGUGAUUUUGAUACAAUUAAGAGAACCAACAUUUUCAUCUCCAACUUCAUGGAGUUAGUUGUUGGGAGAUAAAACUCCAUUAAAUGUAGCCAGUUAGUUUUUUCAACAUAAAUUAAUCAUCGAAAAGCCGAUAUGAAUAUAAAAAAAUAGU